CGGACCUCCGGCGCCCAGAAGGCCGGGCCGGGUGACAGUCGCGGGCUCCGCCUCGCUGGGUCGGCAGCAGCAAGGGGAGGAGGAGGAGGAGCCAUGCCCGGCCCCGCGGCCGCCCCCUGAGCGGCUCCUCCGCCCGCCAUGAAGAGCCCCAAGGAGGAGGACGCGGAGCCGCCGCCGCCGCCCCCAGUGGAUGACGUGCAGUUGAAAGUGCCGGUUCUUCAGCAGCUGUACCACUGGGACUGCGGCCUGGCCUGCUCCAGGAUGGUCCUGCAGUACCUGAACCUCCUGAAUGAUGACGAAUUUCAGAAAGCCAUCCAGGACCUCCGGUUGACCAAGAGCAUCUGGACCAUCGACCUUGCCUACCUGAUGCGCCACUUUGGUGUAGAACACCGGUUCUGCACCCAGACCCUGGGAGUGGAUAAGGGCUACAAGAACCAGUCAUUCUACAGGAAGCACUUUGACACGGAAGAGAACCGCGUCAACCAGCUCUUCGCACAAGCCAAAGCCUGCAAAGUGCUGGUGGAGAAAUGCACGGUCACUGUCCGGGACAUCCAGGAGCACCUCUCCAGGGGCCACGUGGCCAUCGUGCUGGUCAACGCCGUCCUCCUGCUCUGCGACCUCUGCUCCAGCCCAGUCAAGUACUGCUGCUUCCUCCCGAUCGGCCAGAAGUGCUUCUGCAGGAGCCCCGACUACCAGGGCCACUUCAUCGUCUUGUGCGGCUACAACAAAGCCUCAGGGAGUAUCUAUUACAACAAUCCUGCCUAUGCUGACAGAACAUGCAGCACCAGCAUCAAUAACUUUGAGGAGGCCAGGACAAGUUACGGCACAGACGAGGACAUCUUGUUCGUCUACACGGACAGCUGACCCCCUUGGCCCCGGUGCUUCCGCCUCAGCACUGGCUCCUCCCACCCAGUGGGGGCCACGGACUUUGUCUCAGGACUCCUGCUGCAAAGACUCUGCUUCCGGCCUGCAGCAGGACCAGAAAGAAGGGAUGCUCUGGAGGUUGGUAGAGCAACGUUCCUGCCCCACAGCCCCCUUUUUAUUCGUGGUGAUUCUGAUGAUGAGAAAUAGCCUGUGUAUAUACACCACACUAUAAAUUAUAUAUAGAUAUAUCACACACACACACACACACACACACACACACACACACACACAAUUUGCAUUUUUAAUUUUGCACAUUUGAGAGGUUUUAAAAUGCAGACUCGAGAGUUCUUUUCCUGUUGAAUGUUGGGCCUCCUUUCCCUGGGAAUAAAGUUCACAGGAGACAAGGCUACCACCAGGCUUGUUAGAAUUGCUUAUUGCUUGGACGCAGGUACAGAGCGAAGCUUAGGAACAACGGGUCCGCUUUCCUCCUGGCAAGGGCUGCUCUUUUGCCUCGUUUGGAGUCGGAAAAUAGGAUGCAUAACCUGGAUUAUGAGGGGCACAUGUAGCAAGAGGAAGCUGGUUGACAGCGUCCUGCUGGCAGAAGAGCAGCGGGUGGCCUGCCCCUUCCUCCAAGCCCCACGGACGCUGCUUGCAAACGCACCGAGCCUCCAUGGCUCUUAGGCAUUUUCUUAAGAACCAGUGGGAGAAGCACCCUACAGCCGUGAGGCAGCCACGGAGGCUCUGUGGGCCCUGCUCUUCCAUCAGCAGGACUCUGUGCAGAAGGUCAGCGAUUGUCUACAAUGGAAUAGCCCACAGACAGGAUGGAACGGCUUGAUCCACUCAGCGUCUCUUGAGAUGGAAAGUUGCUGAGAAGCAGUCGCUUCUUUCUCCACUUCCUGGCGGCCAAAUGGUUCUUCGGGAAGCAUCUCGUGACAGCUUGUAAUGUUGGCCUUCGGCAAGUUAAAAGGUGGUUUCAGCCAGAGAGGGGAAAGUCCUCUUGCCGGGACUAAUCCACCUUAGAAAUGUUUGUGGGAAUCUGCUUGCCCGAUACCACCCACUGCUCUUUGGAUGAUCUCAUUUGUCGCUCUAGGCUGUUUGUUUUGGUUCUCAGUGUCGUUUUGGAAGGGCUGCUGCAGCAUCCUGGCUGCACCAAGUCUCCUCGCAAGAAAUUAAACCUUGUGAAGCGGCAGGUUUGAGCAGAGCCCCUUGCAAGCCCAGCGGCCUCAACCCAAGAUAGAAGUGAGCACCCUUAAGCCCACUGACUUCGAUGGGCUUAAGCGGGUGUGCGUUUUUCUGAAGUGGUGCUAAUGCCAGGCUCUACAACGUUGGCCCUUCUGCAGAUGAUGGACUACAAUUCCCGUCAACGCCCGAUGAGCCACUGUGGCUGGGGAUGAUGUGAGUUGUAGUCCAAAAAUAGCUGGUGGGUCAGAAUUGUGCAGCUCUGUCUGACCCUGGCAAGUACCUGCCAAGCAAGGGAAUCUCUGAAUGCGGCGUCUUUUCUUCCACCCCAGGCUCAUAGUACUGCUUCCAAGCUGACCGUGGGCUGUAUGAAUUGGCUGUAGAAAACAGACCAUCGUCUUACAAUGCUUUCUAGAGAGCACACGAACCAGCUGGGGCGGUGGGUACCCUCUGGGACAAAUGCUCAUUGUGACUUUUGACAAGGCUUGGAAACCACCAACCCCCACCCCCACCCCGAGAUGGAAAAGGGAUGAGAACAUUGCAAGUCUUUCAGCUUUCAGUGUGUUCUCUUGUCCUGAUCGCCAGCGGCCAAAUGUGCAGUGGUGUUUUAAAAGCUUUAGAAAAACUACUCAACGCUUGAUUGAGCUUGUCAGAGGAGUGGAAAUGAAGUCUGACAGCAGCCUCCUCUAAAGACUACUCCAGGGUGACAGUACAGCGACUGGUUCACUGUCAUUCGGACCCCAACCCUUUCCUCCAUGCAAAAGUGGCAGCAACAUUGCCCUAAUCACUAGAGGGUGGGGUUAAAAAGGGGGUGACACGAAACAGAGAGCUGCAAGUUAAAUUAUUAAUUUUUAUUUAACAUUUUUAUACCGCCCAAAACUUACGUCUCUGGGUGGUUUACAGCCAAAUAAAAACAAAGGUUAAACAUUAGUUAAAAACAGAAACAAGAAAUUUAAAACACAAUUUAACCAAUAUUCUAAAAACAACAUUAAAACAAUAUCAGUUAAAAGCCUGGAUGCCCAGAUGUCUUUAAAGACUUUUAAAAAAUUGUCAGAUGGGGAGGCUCUUAUUUCACGAGGGAGCAAAUUCGAUGGUGAACCGCCUGGAGACUUGUAUGGGGUGGUAGAAGAAUGUGUUAAGUAAGCAAAUAGUCAAGCCAGCGCACCAAAGCUGUUGCCUCUCCUCCAUCUCCCAUUGCUGGAAAUCACUGUGAGCAUUUGUCCUCCGAGGUGGUGCUGACAGCCAAAACUUGUGGGCCCGGUUCAUAGACCAAAAACAAGAGCAUCUACACAGAUGCUAGAAACCUGUCAUUGGAGGGCGGAGUGUUUGUUGCCAAGCCGAUGGUUUUGAGGUUCCUUAAGCACAGGCUCCGAACUCCUGUUUAUAAUGGAGGCGGCGGCCACAGCAGGGAAACGUCUCUUGGUCAAGUUCCAGGCGGAUUCCGGCCAGACAUUCUACCUCAUCGCUCUACACUCAUGUUUCGGACUCCACUCAGGGACGCGGUAGAUUCCCAGGUGGCUUGAAGCAAAAUGUUCAUACUGUAAUGUCCACUGUGCAUUUCACUUCAAGUACUGCGCGGUCAGCUGCUGGACAGAGACUUCUUGGCCGAGUGUCAGAAAUUAGCCAGAGGCAGGAAGCUGCUGUUGCUACUUCCCGGUCCCAGCAGAAGAAACUGGAAACUCAAACAGGAAUCAGUGGUGUGGUUUGGCUUGUACUUGACCUCUUUAGAGAAAGAUGCUCUGAAUGUGACAUGUGGUGUCUUAAGUGGCAUGGAGUUCGGGCUCAGUAUCUGGCCUGUGGUUGCGAAGGAUCAGCACUGACUUGACGGCACUCAGUCACUCAAUCUGACAUGUGCCCCCACUUCCUGGAAAUGGAACGAGAUUAGUGCUGGUCAAGAUUACUUCAAAAGCACUUGCACCAGAUUGUUUGAUGCUUAGAGUCAUUUCUCUCCCUCUUAUUUAUGACCUUUUAGGCCAGGAUCCAGAGAGAUCCAUGCUUACUAGUACUCUCUGGCUUUCCUGCUCUACCUGCAGCUUCUGCAGUGCUGAAUUUACCUGAUCCAAGACUUGGUUUCCCCCAUGUUCUUUGACGUUAGAAACCAGGCGGUCACCUUAAAUCCAGAGCCCUCAUCCUUUUGAGGAAAUCUUGGUAUAACCUGCAUUUAAUCGCUAUUUUUUAAGGGGCUCAUCUUAAAUCCCGAGUCAACUUGUAUUCAGGUAAAUAAGGAGCGCCCCCCUCCCCGCUUUUGUGGGGGGUAGAAACUAGAAGCUUGCUCCGCUUCCUUAUCUACACUGUGUUUGCACUGCUGAAACCUUUGUGUCAAAAGCCAGGGCCACUUGAUCAUUUAGAAGCAGUUAGUUCGGUCCUGAGGGAAGAGUUUAAGCCGGACUGCUUGUCAAUUCCCAGCAUAUCCAGGUCUUCCCGUGAGCAGCCCCCUAGAUCAGUUCUUCUCCCAUCACAAUUUGCAGGAAGUGAGCUAGGAGACUGCCUGGCUGCAGGGCAUGGGCUUUGCAGUGGCUUAGGGAGGUCAUGGGUGCAAGCCCUGAGGAUCUGGAAGGCAGCACAGGGGUGUUCUCUGACAAGGGGUUGGGGGUGCGUGUGCGUGGCCUCAGUCCUGAUAUCUGUCAAGUGUAUAGCAGGCAAGCAAUGGAUUGUGUGCAAGCCGCCCCCAAAGAAAGGAGCCAGGCAGUCCUGGCCCAGCAGGAGAAGAGCUUUCUUUCUACUGAUGUGUGUGCACAUGUGGUCGCUUUCCAUGCUGGGAAGUAGCUAGGUUCCGAACAGUUCAGCCAGCAACAGGAGAAAAAUGCAUGCAAGGCCAUCUUGUCCGAACGCGAGAGCCCGAGGGCUACGUGGGAGCCGCUCCGUUUCUGGCCCAAGUCAGGGCGCCUGCAGAAGCCAUACCUGGGCAGAAACGCCCCUCGAUACAAAAACAGGUUACAAGCUCAUCCUCUUCUAGUCCAUCAGGCGACUCCACACAAACCGCCUUUUGUUAGAACAGGCUGUGUUCAUUGUACAUAACAAAAGGGAUAUUUUACUUGCAGAGAAAUUUUAUAUGCAAAAUAUAUUUUGUUUGUAAUUGAGUCACUCUCAAUAAAGGUUUUAAGUUAAUGCCA